ACGUGUCAGCGCUCUGUGUGAAGCCGUGAUACUUGGGAGCUGUGAAGCCGUGCAGCUUCUCGUGAAAGCCGGGGCCGCGUUAGAUACAGUUUAUUUCAAUGAUGGCUCCAUCCUGCACCUCGCAUUAAGAAAAAAGAGAAAAGAUAUCGCGGCAUUGAUUGUUAAAACAAAAAUUGAUAUAGUAAAGAUAAAAGAAGAACGGGAUAUCCCUAGAAAAAUUGGAUUUGAGUUUGUCGAUGUUGUAAAUAGGAGAAUGCAGACUGCUUUGCACAUUGCAGCCGACAGAGGUAGUGUUUCUUUAGUAAAAUUGUUAACUCAAGCUGGCGCUGAUGUAAAUAUGACAGAUGGUAAUAACAGAACCGCUUUACAAAUCGGUUUACACAAUACAAAUAUCGUGGAGAUAUUAUUACAAGGAGGGGCGGAUCCCAAUGUGUUAGAUGAACACGGAGACACGCCUUUGCUAAACGCAGUAACGUAUUAUCAAGGUUUUACUCUAAAACGUUUGCUUGUAAAAUACAACUCCAAUUUAAAUAUUAAAAAUAAACACAGACAAACGCCGUUAAUGUUAGCCAUAGAGCAAAGCAACAUCGAAAUAAUUCAUCUCUUGCUUGACUAUGGCGCGGAGGUUGUACAUAAAACUAAUUUAGGAUUAGAUGCGGUACAGCACGCCAUUUUCAAGGGAUCAAUGAUCAGCCUGAAGUCUUUAAUUCGUGCCGGGGCGGAUAUCAAUGCCAGGAACUCAAGGGGAGAGACAUAUCUAAUUCAGUCAGUGAAACUUUUACAACUAGAAAUCGCUGACCUGCUGAUAAAAUCUGGAGCAGAUGUUAACGUACAGGACAGCGAAGGAAAAAGUGCCCUAAUGCAUAACGGUGCAACACAUUCAAUGGCGUUUAAUAGAAUUCAAGAGCUUUUAUUGGCGGCUGGUGCCAAUAUGAACAUUCAAGACAACCAUGGAGAAACGCAUCUUAUACAAAUGGUGAAACAGUCAAAACCAGAUAUAGUUAACCUGUUGAUAAUUUCAGGAGCUGAUGUUAACGUACAGGACAACCAAGGAAAAACUGCCCUUAUGCACAACGCAGCAACACAAUUCCUAAGUUUUUCUAGGAUUGAGACGCUAUUGUUAAAAGCUGGAGCUAACGUUAACAUUCAAGACAACAAUGGAGAAACCAAUCUUAUACAAAUGGUGAAACUGUCACAAUUAGAUAAAGUUAACCGGUUGAUAAUUUCAGGAGCUGAUGUUAACGUACAGGACAACCAAGGAAAAACUGCCCUAAUGCACAACGCAGCAACACAUUCCCCAUUUUUUUCUAGGAUUGAGACGCUAUUGUUAAAAGCUGGAGCUAACGUUAACAUUCAAGACAAAAAUGGAGAGACCCUUCUUAUACACAUGGUGAAACGUUUAAGAAUAGAAACCGUUGACUUGCUGAUAAAAUCAAGAGCUGAUGUUAACGUACAGGACAACGAAGGAAAAACUGCCCUAAUCCACAACGCAGCAACACAUUCCACAAGUUUUUCUAGGAUUGAAGAGCUCUUGUUGGCGGCUGGCGCUAACGUAAACAUACAAGACAAGAAAGGUAAAACGGCUUUAAUGUACACAGCCAAAUACGAGAUGUUUCACACCAGUUCACAGUUACACAUCGCGGAGAAUAUCAACAUAAACAUAGAGGACAACAAGCACAGGACGGCUUUGUAUUAUGCAUUUAAAAAUAUGCACGGAAUGUUGUCAAGCUAUAGCUUAAAUAAUGUCAAUGGAAGUAAAUUCAACGCUGAAAUUCUGUUAAAUCUUAAAAUCAAUCCUUGUUUAAACAUUGACCAGCAGAUAUUUGAGAGCUUGUUAUCUCGGUGUGGUCUUUUAGCUUUCAAUGACAAAAUCUCCAACUUCAACAGAUUUGAACACAUGCGGUUGUGCGUGAGUAACGGAUACAUGUACAAACAUCAAAAACACGAAACCCUGUUUUGUCUGGCCAUGACGAAUCUUAGAGUUGACGUUAUGAAGUACCUGAUUUCAAACUGUUACCUUGUGAGCAAUGAUCUUUCCUUAAUGCGGGCUGUUAGCAAACAUCCCCGUGUCAAUAUCCCAAUGAUUAAACUUGCAGCUUGCAACCCGUGGCCGUUGGUCAAACUGGCCUUCAUUGCCGUGUCCACUGGUCUUGGUUCCGGUGCUAACAGAACACAGCGGAUCCAAAGUCUAGAACUGCCCGUUGACCUGCAGGACGCCCUGAUGUUUAAAACCCCCAUAGCCAGGCUAGCAAGGAAAAAAUGGUCCAAGAUCCCCGUGUGUUUUGAUGUGGAGGAAUAUGAAAAAUUGGAGAACCCGCGACCUUUGUUAAGAUUCUGGCCGUACGGUUGUUUUUUAAGGCUGUAG